UACAUCUUGCCUCAGCUCGGAUUAUUACAUGUGCUAGGCGCAGUAGUAUGACGUAAGUGCAGCGACGUGCCGGCGCUGGUGACGUGUCUGUGUUGAUGUGUGAUGCCGUAAUGGCGGUGGAUAUCACUUUGCUGUUCAAGGCGAGCGUGAAAACAGUGAAGACGCGCAACAAGGCGAUCGGCGUCGGACCGGAGAGUCCAAAGGAUGAGCUCUUACGGAGAAACAGACCGAAAAACAGCUUCUCCAGCAAAGCCAAAGAAGUGAUCUCCAACAUCACCAAGCUAAAGGAUUUCCUGCUACAGCACAGGAAGGACUAUGUGAAUGCCGGCAGUUUACUCUCCUCAGAUGUGACUCAUAUGACAGAUUGUGAGAGAGACCAGAUUGAUCAGGACGCUCAGAUUUUCAUGAGAACGUGUUCGGAUGCCAUCAAACAGUUGAGAACGGAAGAGAAGACGGUGAUUUCUGCUCAGAUGAAGGAGCAUCGUGGGGCUGUGCUGGACUUGAUAGAAGUCUACCUUAAAGGCGUGUGUAAGCUGUACUCGGAGCAAAGAGCGAUCCGUGUGAAGAGAGUGGUGGAUAAGAAGAGGCUGUCUCGGCUGGAACCGGAACAUAAAAUAAAAAUGGGAAAACCUCAAAGCGAAGAUACGGAGAAAACCGUGUCAGAGGAAAGCAGUGAGAAGCCAACGUGUGAUAUUGGUGUUGACCUGUGGGAGGACAGCAAAGUGGAGGACGAUCUCUCUCCUGAGGAAAUUCAGAUGUUUGAGCAGGAGAAUCAAAGGCUGGUGAGUGAGAUGAAUAGCCUGGUGGAUGAAGUAAGGCAGAUUGAAGGGAAGGUGGUGGAAAUCUCUCGGCUACAGGAGAUUUUUUCUGAGAAAGUUCUGCAACAGGAGACCGAAAUCGAUAAUAUACAUCAGCUGGUUGUUGGAACAACAGAAAAUGUUAAAGAAGGGAAUGAAGACAUUCGAGAGGCGAUUAAGAACAAUGCAGGUUUCCGUGUCUGGAUCCUCUUCUUCCUGGUGAUGUGCUCCUUCUCUCUGCUCUUCCUGGACUGGUAUGACAGCUAAAUUCUGAGAAUACAUCCACUAACAUCCAACCGGACAUGAUGCCAGAUGGGACUGAUGAUGCUAAGAUGCUUAAGCUGAAUCCACGUGUUUUUUUUUCCAAUUGCUAACACACAAUUUUUCAAACUUUUUUUUUUAUAAAUUUUAUCAAAAUAACACAAUUCACAAAACCACACACCCAAACUGCAAGAUACCUUGUAUCCUGCAAAAUGAAGCACUGCAACUGAAACUACACAGUAUUAUCAAAAUCAAACUUUUGCAUGAAAUGGCACACACUUCAUUCAUAUUACCAGAUUUUUGCCUAACCAACUACACACUGUUGGGCAUAACGCGAAGCACCCCAUCUUUAGUAUGCUUUGCCAUAAUACUAAAAUAUGUAUCAGAUAGUUCACAUGCACAGAAAUAUUUGCAGAUACACACACAUGCUGUUGCAACAUUUUUUUUUUUUUUUUCCACUACAGUAAACAAGUCAGUGCAACAUAUGCACAGCAGAUAUAUUUACAUGGGACUGAGCAAAAAUACUUACAAAAAACAGUAAACUGAAAAUGAAAAUUUCAGAAAAAAUAUUACAGUAAAAAAAAAGAGGCAGGAAAAAUAAUUCGGCAGCAUCUUGCUGCACAGUCGGGUCUGGCCCCAACGGCUCGUCAACAUCAAAAGAGGCAUGCACACAAAGGGCUGCCGGUCGUAUACCUUCCACUGCCAUGCCGAAAAGAACCUUUCUAUGGGGUUCAGAAAUGGUGAGUAUGGUGGCAGAGUAUAGUUAAUAAAAGACCUCUAGCGCCUCCACCAGGUGAGCUCUGGUGCUGAUGUUAGGGAUGUGUAUAGUGGUGCUGAAGGCGUCGAGCAUCUCCAUUUUCUGCAGGACGUCUUUACGACUUGUGGUGCCGAUGAUGAGCGGCUUACGGCCCUGCAGAUAUUAUCACAUCAAACACAUAUUAUACACACACACAAUAUUAAAAAGAAUGUUACAGAGAUGUGUGAUACACACCUGAGGUGGCACUUUCUUCAGUAAAACUAGCAAUGCUUGGAGGACAAGGUUAGAGAAUCUUGGGCCAAUGGGAACAUAAUCUGUGGGUCGUUAUGAGGAAAUGAGGAUAAUCAGUUUGCAAAAAGUGGGAAAUCUAAAACACAACACAAAGGCACAAGCAGGGUGUGAGUGAGACUCACCGAGCAGGCGUUCAAUGUCGUCCACCACCACACAGCUGAGCUGUGACUUAUAAGCAUCAUCAAAAAUCUGUGUUGUAUAGCAACACACACACAAACAGUAAAGAAAGAUGUUUCCAUGCAAGAAGUAAGGAUUUGACUGAGGUUGAUAUCACUGGGUGUGAGAUCAGACCACUUCUGUGACGGUUCAAGUCCACCUCAAAGUGAUUUAAGCUUUUCUCUCAGUACUUUUAUACAUUUAAUAUUUAUUUUAUUCCUAAAUCAAUUUCAGCUCCUUGCCUAAGGACUGUACAUAAAAUGAUCAAAUAUGUGUUAUACUAUAUUACAGGUAAUAUAUACACACACAUAUAAAAUGAAAGCCAUGUAAAUGAUAGGAAUAUCCAGAAUGUUUUUCUUUAUUAAAAAGUGAAUUGCAAUUCUCUAGAAAA